AUGGACACGAGUGGUAUGCAGCCUUAUCAAGUAUCCAGGGUUACCCAGGUGCUAGGCAGGACCGGUUCCCAGGGACCGUGCACGCAGGUCCACGUGGAAUUCAUGGACCACACGAGCCGCUCCAUCAUCCUCAACGUGAAAGGCCCUGUGCGCCAGGGCCACGUGCUCACUCUAUUGGAGGCAGAGCGAGAAGCUGGAGGCCGUGCUGAAUUUGUGUCUGGGUCCUGGCUGUCUGGGUGA